AUACAAAACGGUACGUCAACAAACCACAAUCACAAUUUGUCAACAUAAUUGUUCAGCUCAGCCAAGCCAAGGAAGAAGAAGGAAUAAGUGAUUUUUCCGUGGUUGACGUGAUUGUACGUGUUCAGUGACUUUCCAUCAGUGGUUUUUUUACGUAUUUGUCAGAUCCAUGAUGGCAUCCAACAAGAGCGUCAUAGACUGCGAGAGGUUCUUCCGCCGUCUCCAGACUAAGCUGUCAACCUGUUGGCAGCCACUGGCCACCCACUGUGGGUUUGAAUCCGACAAAAUCAAAACCAUCAGAAUGAUGAAUGACGACCCAGAAGAGCAAGCAUUUGAAUUACUUUGCACGCUGCGGAAGCAGAGACCAGAUGAUUGGGCCAAGAUGCUGAUGGAGGGCCUAAUGCUCCCUGCAGUUGGCAGACAAGAUGUGCUGGAUGAUGUAGAGCAAUUCUUGAAAAAAGGAAAUCUGCCUCUAGCGGCUCUGACACAAACGGAUGGGAAUGCAGCUCCAUCUACCGGACCAGUGACACGUAGAAGAUCUAAACCGAAGUCCGUUCCAGCGCCGCAAGACAAAUGUGUGGCCAUUCCGGAUAUUAAGCCGAAAUUGGUAGACAAGAGGGCCCCAUGGUACAUGAAAGUGUGGAAACAACACAUGAUAAGUGACGAACCCAAGGUGGGGAAAAGCAAAUCUUAUUUCCACUGUUUCUUGACCGACAUUAGUGGGGUGAAGAUCUAUGCUUCUUUCUUUCUGGCCAAUGCACAGAAAUGUAAGGAUGUAUACAAUGCCAUAGAGGGAAGUAGUGGGGACAACCCAGUUUUCUUACGUUCCCUUAAACUUGAAAAACAGAGGACAAAGUAUAAAGCACUUGGAACGAGCAACUAUAAAUUGGUUUUCGAUGACAAUUCAGAGAAAUUUUCCAAUCCUGAUUUUCCUUCCAUCAAAACUGAAUGAAUGUCAAGAGAUGGAGCAACCCACUCUUUUCUUGGGGAUAACAUUUUUGAGUGAAACAUCUUUUUUGGAGGAGGGGGUGAAAACUGCAUCUUGAUAUUUUUGUCCCAAUUGACCAACCCCUACCCCAAACAGCAGAUGAAUAAUAGAUGCUUUCAUUUCAAAGCAGUAUUUUAACUACACCAGCCCCUGCUGGUUUCAUUUUUAUUUGCUUGUAAAUCUGUUGACCUGACAACACCAAAUGACCUAUCAGUGUCACAAGGUCCCAAACAGUUGGAACAGCUUUGUGAAUUGCCCAACCAUUUAUGAUGCUUCGUUGGAAUUGUAAAUACAAUACAAUUAAUAUAUACUUUUUAAGAUUUGACUUUUUAAUACAAAAGUUCUUUGGUUUUCCCCAUUUAGAGGUUAGUUCAAUAGUUGGAAUAUAUCAUAAAAACUCUAGGAGAUUGCGAUCAGUGCUUCUGAAAUCUUGUGAGAAAAGCUUCCCACUGUUAAGUAGAACCGUUUGAGGUCCUUUGUUAAAGAUGAACCCCAGUAAGCUUCAGUAAUUGAACAUUCUUCUCAAAAUGAUGAAAAACAUUGAGCUCAAACUGUCCAUGUUAUGUGGGUAAAGUACAUGUACUCAUAGAGUAUUAGUGGUGCAUAUCCACCGUAGUAUGGGGGAACAGCAACAGUUGCCAUUUUUUUUGUA